AUGGAUCAUUCAACGCGUUUCCGAGUGCACAAUUGGCUCAGAAGCCGUAGAAAGUUGUUCCAGAGCAGAAUGUGUUUGCUGAUGCUGGUAAUGAUCAACUUUGUAAAUAGUGUCAUCUUAACACUGGAGAUUUGCGGAGAAGAUUCAAAUAUGACCCUCUUGAUGUUCUUCGUCAACACAUUUGUCGUAUUCCUUUCCAUGUAUGGAUUGUACAAUUUCCGACCUGUAUUCCUUUCUCCAAACGUUCUUCUGAAAAUCAUUCUCUCCUCAUCUGCCCUUUUCUAUGGUCUUCAAAUGGCUGAAACUACAUCCAACUCGGCAAUUUUUGUUUGGUUAACCAUCUCAAUUGUGUUCUUCAUUCUGGAGAUUCACACGAUGUUUUCAACUACAUUCGAUAUUAUCAAACAACUCAAUUUGAGAGCCUAUAGUAAACCUCCUCCAAAUUAUAAUCAAGUAAUGUCAAUCGACAUACCUCCGCCAUCCUACGAGGAAGCACUCGUUCGACUCCAACAAAAUCGAACCGCCCAAGAUCACAGCUCACCAAAAAGUUCAACAACGGAACAGCCGACACAGUUGAACACUUGCGAUCUUGCUCAUCUCGUCGUUUGA